CCGCAUACGCAGCUCCCCUCGAACUAUACACCUACGCCGACGUCCGGUCAUCCCACAGCCUCUAUAGGCAUACAAGAAACCACCUUCAUCAUGGCCUCGCAACAAGUUUCCCCUCCUAGGGCCAGCUCUGACGAACCCCGCCCCAAAACCUCACUUUCUUCAGACGGCCGACCCGAUAGUGUCCUUGAGAAACCCGUCUUGGACGCCACACCAACAACAGAUGCUGACGCUGGUAGCGGUGCCACUACUGACGCGGGACCGCCCGCUGACGAGGAAAACGAAUACUACAAGCCAAAGACGCUGCGUUUCUGGCUAGUGAUUGCCUCCACAUUUGUUACCAUGUUUCUGGUGGCCCUCGACAGAACCAUCCUUGCCACAGCGAUCCCGCGCAUCACAGACGAAUUCAAGAGCCUGGGCGACAUUGGGUGGUAUGGCUCUGCGUACAUGCUGGCUACGGCCGCCUUCCAGCUCGUAUUUGGCCGUAUUUACACCUUCUACGACCUCAAGUGGACGCUUCUUACCUGCAUCUUCAUCUUUGAGGUCGGGUCAGCCAUCUGCGGCGCCGCCCCAAACAGCCCCGUCUUCAUCCUGGGCCGCUCCAUCGCCGGCAUUGGCUCGGCAGGCAUCAUGACGGGCAGCAUCAUGACUGUAGUUCCUCUGGUCCCGCUUCACAAGAGACCCAUGUUUCAGGCUCUUUUUGCCGUCGUCUUUGGCGUCGCAUCGGUCAGCGGGCCUUUGAUUGGCGGUGCUUUCACGGAUCGCGUUACCUGGAGAUGGUGCUUUUACCUGAACCUACCCAUUGGCGCUGCCGCAUUUGCAUUCUUGGCUACCUUCAAAUUCCCAACCAAGCCUAAGAGCGAACUAAGUGUUGCACGCCAGAUACUCCAGCUCGAUCCUAUUGGUACCUUGUUCUUCGUGCCCGCUGUCGCCUCGUUGUUACUAGCCUUGCAAUGGGGUGGCUCAACGUACGAAUGGAGCAACUGGCGCAUCAUUGUCCUUUUUGUUUGUUUUGGAAUUGGUGCUGCUGCAUUCAUCACAGUACAGAUUAUGAUGCCAGAGUCAGCUUCGUUGCCAGUGCGCGUCAUCAAAAAUCGUGCUGUGUAUCUCGGUGGCACCAACAUGCUCUUCCUCUCUGGAUCUAUGAUGCUUUGCGUUUAUUACAUCCCCUUCUGGUUUCAAACUACCCAAAAUGUUAACCCGGUCGAUUCUGGAGUGUACACUAUCCCUUUGGUGCUCAGUUUAGUGGUUGGCUCCAUUGUGUCUGGUGCAAUCUCGCAGAAGUGUGGCUAUGUCAAUCCUUCCAUGAUCAUUGGUGUAUGCUUCAAUAUCAUUGGUGAAGGUUUACUUACCACUUUUACCCCUACAACCGGCUCUCCUCACUGGAUUGGUUAUCAGUUCCUGACGGGUUUUGGUAUCGGCUUUGGCAUGCAGGCUCCCAACCUUGCCAUCCAGGCUUCUAUUGACAAAAAGGAUAUCCCCACAGGCAUGGCUAUAACAUUUUUUGCACAACAGCUUGGAGGAGCCAUCUUCGUCACAGUCGGUCAGACUAUUCUCAGCACCGUUGUUGUUUCUAGGUUGGCUGGUCUUCCAGGGCUAGACGCCAACGCUGUGAUCAGGGCCGGUGCUACGGAACUGCACAAGAUUGUCAAGCCCGAGUAUAUUCCCAACGUCAUUGAUGCAUUCAAUCAUGCUUGCGUCGUCAUCUUCCUCACUGCUGUCGUUCUCACGGCUUGCCAAGUUUUGACAGUGCUGGGUAUGCCAUGGGCAUCCAUCAAGAAAGGAGCACCCAAGAAGACAAAGCCUGAGCAAGCAUAACAGGUUACUCUACACUUUUGAUUUAUUUCGCUACAUAUCUGCAUCAAAAUAUGGCGUUAUGAUUUUCCUUUUGGUAAAUUAAUGUACAGGGCAACAUACCCACCUCAAUAUACACUCUCUCUGCUUAUUUACAUGUGCCUAUCUAUCUGGCUUCCUUUAUCAAAUGAUCAUACAGUAGUGUAGCAAUUUCGUAGUCUUUUGCGACUGUCUCGCAUUGUUGUGUUCCUUUUGACAGAAUACGCAGCGAUGUCUGAUACCAGUCUCUAUGCUCCUGCUUAACGAGGCUUCGAAGGCGUGGAUCUGGAGAAGCAGCUAAGCCAUACACCACA